GAAAAGGGAGACAAGGGACAAUGAAGAAAACGACAAAAGGCUGGUGAGUACCCGAGCGACAAUGAUCUCCCGCCUAGCUCAGUACUGCUAUCCUAUUGUUGCUCGUCAGCGACGAAGCUUAUUAUUCAACCUUGAAUGGUACUUUUUCAGUGAUAUAUACACCACCACCACUAUCAUUGCUUCUCUCGUCUUUGCAUGACUGCCUCCUCCAAGCAUUAACUACUAGACUCUAGAUUCAUCACGAACAACCAUGAACGCACUCUUCGCUCGCGCAUCAUUGAAGCGCAGCUCUCGUACUCGUACCCGAAAGAACUCAAUCUCAAUAUCAUCAGACGCUGGCUGUCCUCCAUCCCGCUCGUCUUCUAUCGUCACCCAUAACCACACUCGACCACUUCCUCUCCAAAUCAUUCCAGAACUAUCAGAAAAUGACUUUGAAAUCGACUCAGGGCCUCUGAAGCUCUCCAUCCCUUACUCGGACGAACCUUCUAGACCUUCACCACGCGUGACCCUCUCUGCCUUUGCAUUCUCCAUCGAUGACGCAUUGCUUAUGCUCAAUGACGAGCCUCUCUCACCCGCUCUCUCUGCAUCAUCUUCCACCGAUGACAGCAAUUCCAGUGCAUCAGACGAUGAAGACUUCUGUGAGCUGCGUCUCCCGAGUCCUCGCCUGAGGCCCAAGCGCAUCAGCAUUCGCCCGCUCUGCAUCACCAAGACUCGUUCCAUCGUCUGUGCAGAUGACGAGGACGUCGCAGAGAUAAUAGAGAAGGACAUGAAGCUCGUUGACAUCCCAGAGGUAGAGGAAACCCAGGAAGAAGAAGACGAGUAUGACUUCUACACGCGCCAAUUCCAGGACUUCAUUUCUCUAUAUGCACCUCAACCCUCUUGUGUGCCCAUCUCUGCAGCAGCACCCGCCCGCCCAGACUCUGUCAUUCUCUCAUCCGAGGAUGCACCCAAGUUGCCCGUGGAGGCACCAAAGCCUCGUGGACGCAGUCGAUUCUCAAAAGCUCUGCCGCUCCUUCCUCUCCCUACGCCGCCUCCCUCUAUGUUCCCUUUACCACCCAUUCCACAGCUUUCGGCGUCGGCGAUCCGCAGGAAACGUGUGAUCCCACCCAUGCCUAAAUACCCACCUCCCCCACCACCAAGCCGCCCUCCUCCUCAGAUGGCUGUUCCAUCCGAUAUCGAGGAGCUCGAUAUCUCGUUCGAAGACGAACCUGUUCGUUCGACCGUCAUCGAACAAGUCUGGUUCGACGACGACGAAGAAGAGUCUAUCUAUUCACAGCCUUCCUUCGCUCCAGCCCAGGAAAACAUCCACCCCAUCUCACCCGCUGUCCCCGAAACUCCCGUCGACGAAAUGUACCUCCCUCGCGCAAGCAUUGAUUCAGAUACACCCCGCAGCUCACUCGAGUCUUUCUCCUCCUCUUCCGCCCACUCAUCCUCAUCCUCCUCAGAAAGCUGCCCAAUCUCCCCCUUCUCUUUCCCUCCUACUCCAAGAGUUCAGGAGAAAACUCACCAACUGCGCAGUCGAUGGAGCUCAUCCACGAUGUCCUCUCUCGUUGCCGAGCCCCCACGCACGAUCCUAAGUCCUCUGCGCGGUGUCUUUGGUUCGAAAUCAAAGCGUCCUCCUCCAAUCAUCUCUACGUCUCCUCGUACCCAGGCAACAACUCCCACUCAAACCCCGUACAAAAUGCCCUUGACGCGCAUGGUGUUCCCAGCAACGCCCUCUCCACCUAGCACGCCUUCACGACAUAUCCGCCGCCAGAACUCACGUUCGUCGACGAGCUCGGCUGGCUGGUCUGAAUGUGAUAGCUGCGAUUCGGGGAAUAGCUCGAGUGGGUUGAGGCGCAAGCCGAUUCCUGUUGAGAUGUUCUUGCGCGCUUGAGGAUAAUGCGUUGGUUGGUUGUGGUAUAUUAUUAUAUGACAUUUCGCAUUCUUGUUUCAUAAUAAUCUUCGUUUUGUUUCUGUUUCAUGUUCUCUAUUACUAGUGUUGCUUUCCCUUUUACUCCGCUCUCCAUUCAUUCAUUCAUUCGUUGAAACGAAUCACGACGUACUUAUUGUAUCUAUUAUCACUCACUCACCUCACAUACUGUAGCCUCUCACUUGCAUCAUUCACUCAUUCAUUCAUUCUGUCUUUCCUUUGUCUUUCUCUCUACUCUCUGUCUCACUAUAGCAUAGUACAAUUGUAGCCUAGUUCAUAACUAACGAUAAAAUGAUAUCUCGCUUUGAGUUUAGGGUUUUGGAAAGUUGUCAAUGAUCGUGAGCUCGAGGACAUCC